GGAGGGGGCAGGAUGAGAGAGCGGGAGUGGAGAGGGCUUAAAAAAAGUGACUGAAUCCAGCUCUCUCCUCCCUGUGACGUCGCUCGGUGUGGACGCGGGGUGCGCCGCUCUCUGGUCCCGUCUCAGCUCAGCUCAGUCCGCCUCACCUGCCGCCCCUCAAAGCUGCGGGGAGACGCGCGUCAGGGUCGAUCUGCGCUCCGAGUACACAGCUUUCCUCCCUCCCCAUCGCGCCCCCCCCAUCUCUCUACUACUCCACGCCGCUCGUCUUGUCCCACAUUUAACAGUGAACUGUUUCCACGCUGCGUGGAGAGUGAGUGAGAGAGAGAGAGAGAAGCCGGUCGUUAAAUAAGAAAGAAAGGGUGGCAAGAAGGAAAAGAGAAGAGAGGAGGGCGACUGAGGAACAAGAAGAAGAAGAAGAAAGAGAAGAAGGAGGAGUAGGAGCAAAGAGGUCGCUGUGGUCCUUCAGCUUUCAGCAGUUGCUGAAUCUCCCACCGAGAAGAUGCUGAGGAUAGUCUGCGUGUUGGCAGUGCUGGCUGCGGGGCUGAGCGCCGCUCACACCAAAGUGAACAAACACAAGCCCUGGAUAGAGACAUCGUACCACGGGGUGAUCACUGAGAACACUGAUGUCGUUCUGCUGGACCCUCCACUGGUUGCCCUGGAUAAAGAUGCCCCCAUCCCUUACGCAGGGGAGAUCUGCGCGUUCAACAUCCAUGGACUCGAGGCUCCAUUCGAGGCAGUGGUGCUGAACGGAACGUCUGGCGAGGGUCAGCUGAGGGCUCGUGGCCUGGUGGACUGCGAGUUGCAAAAGGAGUACACCUUCAUCAUCCAAGCUCAUGACUGCGGUUCAGGCCCGGGAGGCAUGGAGGGCAAGAAGUCCCACAAGGCAGUGGUACAUAUCCAGGUCAACGAUGUGAAUGAGUUUGCCCCCGUGUUUCGAGAGCCACAGUACCGAGCUGCUGUGACAGAGGGGAAGAUUUAUGACAGCAUUCUGCAAGUUGAGGCUACAGAUCAGGACUGUUCACCACAGUACAGUCAAAUCUGCAACUACCAGAUCACCACCACUAACACACCUUUUGCUAUAGAUCGAAAUGGUAACAUCCGAAACACAGAGAAGCUGAGUUUUGACCGACAGCAGCACUACGAAAUCCAGGUGACGGCCUGGGACUGUGGCCAGAAGAAAGCGUUGCACAGCGUCCCAGUGCACAUCGACGUCAAGCCCGUCUGCAAACCUGGCUGGCAAGGCUGGAACAAACGGGUGGACUAUGAGCCAGGAACAGGCAGUAAGCAGCUGUUUCCCAAGAUGCACCUGGAGACCUGUGGCGAGCCGCUGUCUUCAUUGAGGGUCACCGUGGAGCUCCAGACUAGCCACAUAGGGAAGGGCUGUGACCGGGAGACCUACUCGGAGAAGUCACUACAGAAACUUUGUGGCGCCUCCUCCGGCAGCACCGACCUCCUCCCGGCGCCCAGCGCUGCCACCAAUUGGACAACUUCCCUGGUGUCUGACAAUGGGCGGGACAGCGACCUGAUCUUCAGGUUUGACGGGCGCCAAGCGGCCAAAAUCCCCGACUGGGUGGUUCCCCAGAAUCUGACCGACCAAUUCACAAUCGCAACGUGGAUGAAGCACGGACCCAGCCCGGGGCUCCGAGCUGAGAAGGAGACACUGCUCUGUAACUCGGACAAAACUGAGAUGAAUCGUCAUCACUACUCGCUGUACGUCCAUAAUUGCCGGCUGGUAUUCCUGCUGAGGAGGGACUUCACUCAGGUGGACACCUUCAGACCAGCAGAGUUCCACUGGAAACUGGAGCAGAUAUGCGACAAGGAGUGGCAUUACUACGUCAUAAACGUGGAGUUUCCGGUGGUGACGCUCUAUGUGGACGGAGUCACCUACGAUCCCUACCUGGUGACGGACGACUGGCCCAUCCACCCGUCGCAGAUUGACGUGCAGCUCACAGUCGGUGCCUGCUGGCAAGGUGGUGAAGUCACCAAGCCUCGGUUCACUCAGUACUUCCGGGGAAGCUUAUCGGGACUCACCAUCCGGCCGGGGAAGAUCGAGAGUCAGAAAGUCAUUUCCUGUCUGCAGGCCUGCAAAGAGGGACUGGACAUUAACUCCCUUGAGAGCUUGGAUAAGAGUAUAAAGUUCCACUUCAACCCAGCUCAGUCCAUCCUGGUAAUGGAAGGAGAGGAUUUGGAGAACAUUAACACGGCUGUGAGGAAAGUUUCCUACAUAAACUCCCGCCAGUUUCCCACACCAGGCAUCCGCAGGCUGCAGAUCUCCACCACCGUCCAGUGCUUCGGCGAAGACACGUGCAUCACCAUCCCCAGCAUCGACGCGGUGGUGAUGGUGCUGCAGCCCAGCGAGCCCCGCAUCACCAUCAGCGGGGUGGAGAGACUCAGCCAGUCGGCCUCUGACUUCGGGGAGGCGGGGGGCAUCGCUCUGUUCCAGGACCUCCACAUCGUCAGCACAGUCACCAGGGCGGACGCCACCCCCCAUCACACAGUUCAUCAACCGGGUGUCCUGGAGGAGAUCAUUCAUAACUUGGACUACUGUGAUAUUCUCGUGUUGGGGGAGGAGCUAAAUCCAAAGCAAGAAUCUCUGCAGCUGCAGCUAAGCUCACUGCUGGGAAAACAUCUGGACGCCACCAACUCCACAUCGGGCAUGUCCAUAUAUGGCGUGGACUCCAUGGCAAACUAUGAACAGGUGAUCAGGGAGGUACAUUACUACCACCUGCAGCCUGGACAGCUGACGGAGAGGAGGUUCCGACUGACAUGCUCAGAGCUCAACGGGCGCUACACCAGCAAUGAGUUUACCCUGGAGCUGAACGUCUGGCACAGCUCAGAAACAGGGGAGCACAUCAGCCACAUGGUGGCCCCGCCUCAGUACAUGCAGGUGGUCCACCAUCCAUCCAUGAUCAGCGACCUAUACCCCAACCACGCUUCAGGCGUACCGAGCGCUGCUACUGUGGUGAUCGUCAUGUGCAUCGCCGCCCUGGUGGCGGUGGUGGUGCUGGGCAUAUACCGCAUCCAUGUGACCCACCAGCAGGAGGUGAGGCAGGUGGAGACCACGAAGGAGGCGGACGCAAACUGGGACCACUCGGCUCUGACGAUUACAGUCAACCCCAUGGAGAACCUGGAGACCCACACCACAGGAGAGGAGGAGGCCAGUGAGGUGGAUGAGGAAGAAGAAGAGGAGGAAGAUGAUGAGGAUGAGGAGGACGAUGAAGUCACCAGUGACGAGUCAGACGACAGCGAGGAGGAAGUGGACGUCCAGCUACCCAGGAUGCAACGCUUGAGCGAGAAGACCCAAAGAUGGGACAAAACAACAAUAUGCUAUUGAAAAUACACAUUCACACACUUAUACUCUCACUCUCCCCCUACACACCAUACACACACACACACAUACACACAAACACACACACACACACACACACACACCUUCUGCAACACAUCCUUAAUGAAAUCUCACAUCAGAUGGCUGUAAACAAAAACAAAAUGGAACUUUGCGUGCUUGAAAAAAAUGAAGUAUCGCUGCCCCCUAGUGGAAGAUUAAAUGAAAACACAGAUCAGAGAAAUAAUGGGACACUAGAAGUGCUUCUCAAUAAAUAAAGGUCACCAAACCUGGGUCACCGUCGAACAGAUGGCAUCUCUCCCUCAUUUCUGCAGUUUGAAGUGAGAACAAGUUGUUAUGAAACCCAUUUUUUUGCUGACUCGCCACCAUCCACCCAGUUCGAUAUGUAAAAGUUCACAGUGAGAUUUUGGAUGUCCCUCAAUUAAAAAUGCAAAACAGCCUUUAUUUAAAAGAAAAAUUAGAAUUGCAAAAGUAAAGAAAAUAAUACUAUUUUUUUGGUUUGUAUACUUAUUAUUUAUCUGUCUUUAUUCUAGCCAGUAUGGCGAAGCCAGGUGAUUUUACAGAAAAAGCAUAUUUUCAAUGGUAUUUAAAAAAAAA